CUCCUCCAGACAGCCGGAAUUUCGCCCAAUUUGGGAGAGGAAAACUUCGCUUCCUUGGAAGAAGAUCAGAACCAACGUGGCAUCUCGCUCCCUCUCGCGAGAUUUCACUUAAUUUACCCACAGUUCUAUGCGAUAAUUGCAAGAAAAAUGUCGGGAAUGGAGUCUGAUGGUGGCAGUUUCCACAGAGGCGGGGGCAGCCGACUUUCCAUGCGGCAGAAGUCCAUGGAGCGCAAACGUGUGAACAAGGAGCACAACAGCAACUUCAGGGCGGGGUACGUCCCCAUAGAUGAGGACAGACUACACAAGACUGGCAUCAGGGGCAGGAAACUGACUCUGGGGAUCAUCCUUAUUGUCAUCCUCUUCAUCCUGGUUGUCAUCAACUUUAUUCUGACCGUCCUGCUCCUCCAUGUCCUGGUGAUUGACCACAAUGGCAUGGAGACCCUGGACUUCAUGGACGACGGGACCCUCAGGUUCAAGUACGGAGGGGACAUGGGCAACGUCAGGCCACUGGACAGUAAGAUGGGCGGCUUUGGAAACCAGGACUUUGAACUCACAGGAGACAACCAACCAGUCGUGGCUCAGAACAGGAUCACAGAUCAGAUCAGAGGUGGUUCAGUUCAAGUGGAACCAGGCAAGACUACCAUCAAAGGAGAUCAUGGUCUUGACAUUGUUGACCCAAAGACCAAUCAGACCAUCUUCACUACUGACUAUGACAGUAAGGAGUUCAAGAUGCCAGAUGGGGUGGACAAUCUGAAUGUCAGAAAGGCACAGACAUUUAGGGUGGCCAGUCCACUCAACAGUGACCUACGUGUCAGCACAGCAAGGAACGCUAUCUUCCGAGGCAACGAAGGGGUCAACAUCCUUGGCAGGGCAGUCAACUUCAACUUCAGAGAUGAUUUGAUGCUUCAAACCCUUCGAAAUGAAUCUGUUGUAAGAGGCAAUGCCUUUGUGCAAGCCGGCGGGGGACUCUAUAUCAACAACACACGACUGCCACGUAGCAGUCCCGAUCCAUUGUCAGUUAUCGACCGAGGCACCACCACCUACAAGAUAUGUGUGUGCACGCCGUCCGGAAAACUUUUCCGUGUCCCUAUAACAAGGCCAGGCCAGGGCUGCCACACUGUCAAUGAAAACAUAAACCCUUGCCUGUAGUUUGUAAUUGCCAAAAAAUCUGUUUUUAAAAAGGUGCUGUAGCAGAGGAGCUGAAAAGUGGAAGUACAAAAGGUGCCUUGGAAUCAUGUUGUUAUAAUCGUAGUGAUGUGCAAAGUACUUCACCAGCACUGCUGAUAAUACAGGAAAACAGUCAAGGAAAAACUGAGUGCCAGUGCAGUAACAUUUUACAAAUCAAAAGAACUAAUCGAAUGAUUUUACAAGUGCCAAUUUUACUUGACUGACACAUAUAUUUUGUUUCAGUAUUGGAGUAGGACACCCCUUUAGUAUAUGCAUUAUGAUAUUGUGCUAGUUUUAUUGUCAUUAUCGGUUUUCUUUUAUUCUGAAUAGAGUUCUGGGUAGCAUUUUGGUACAGAUUUGCUACAGGAUGUGAAAACAAGUAAUGAAAUUAGUUUAACUUCAUUGUUUAACUGUCUAUUACUUCAUUAUCCACAUAACAAAUGAUAUGGCUACAUUUCCUUGAUAAAUGUAGUGAUUGUAGGGGUGAAUUAAUGUUGUAUUUAAACUUUUGGUGAUAAUUAACAUCAAGCUGAGUAGCUUCAACAGAAGCAGUUUAAAAUUUGGUGCCAAAUUCGCUUGUAGGCACAAGCUAAGCUAAGAUUCAAGUUAAAGACUACAACAACAACAAUUUCUAAAUGUCAAGCAAAUUCAUGGCAACAAGGACUACUUACUAGUACCUAACAGCGCACAUUCGCCGCACAACAAUAUGGCUUUUUUCCUCCUUCUUAGUUGCACAGACAUUUGUAGAAAAGAUAUACAAUAAUACAUGUACAUCUAUUUUAUUGCAUUAUUUUGUAUGUAACUGUACUUUUGUAACCAAUAAAUGCUGUUUGGCAUUAUUUUA